AUGGGAAAAAAAAAAAAAUAUGUUUAUUUAGAAUUUUCCAUAAAUACAAUAACACUAGGGAAAGUUUACUUUGAAUUAUAUAAUGAUGAAGGAAUAGAAAAAUCAAUUGAAAAUUUUUUAAGCCUAUGCAAAGGAAAUGAAUAUCAUAGUAUUUAUUCAAAUGAAAUGUUAACAUAUAAAAAUUGUAAAAUCGAAAAAAUAAAAAAAAAUAAAUCAAUAAAAUGUGGAUAUUUAAGGAAUAAAGCCCAUUCAGGAAAUAAGAAUAAUAACUUUGAAUGUAUUAGUAACAAUUUAUCAACAAAUGGAAAUAAAUAUGAAAAAAUUGAAUGUAUUUAUGGAAAGACAUAUAAUAAAGAAUAUUCACAAAGAAAGCAUUUAAAUGCAGGUUUGUUAACAGUUGUUGAAGUAGGAAAAAAAAAAUAUUCCUCAAUUUUUAAAAUUACAUUAAAUAAAAUAAAAAAAUAUGAUAAUAAAAAUAUUAUUAUUGGGCGAGUAAUUAAAAAUAUGCACAUUAUACGAGCCAUUGAAUUAUUGCCUGUUAAUAAUAUUUAUCAACCAAAGGUUAACAUUUAUAUAUCAGAUUGUAAUGAAAUUCAUGAGUCUUUUUUUAAAGGUGAAAAAAUAUCAAAUAGGCAAUCAUAUAUUAAUAGUUUAUUUGAUAAUUUUUAUGAAAAAAAUAAAAAUGAAAAUGAAAUAGAUGAUGAAUUUAAUGUAGAAAAUGAGGUUCCCAUAUAUGACUCACUAAAUAUUAAAGACAGAGAUAUUAAAAAUAAAGUUACAGAAAAACAAAAAGGUAUUGAAUUGCUAAACAAAAUACUUGAUACUAUUGAAUUUGUUUCAAAAAAUAAAGAAAAAGAAUUAUCACAAGGAAUUGCUAAAAUAAAUGAACGUGAGGAAGGUAAAGAUGAAAGCCAAAGUCGAAAUAUUUCACAAAAAUACUAUAAAAUAGAUAGUAAUAAAGCAAGUAAGAAAACGUUCGAUGAAAUUGAAGAUAAACAAGAACCAUUGGAAUCAUAUGUAAACUUAUUUGAAAAAAGUAUAAACAAAGAAAUGACAGAAAGGGAAAGGAAAUUGCUAGAAAUACAACUAAAAAUAAACCAAUCAAAAAGCUUAAAUGAAAUGGAAAAUAUAAAAGAAAAAAUGGGGCAUUCUUUUACUGGUCAACGAAAUAAAUAUUUAGAAUAUAUGAAUUAUACAUUUGAAAAAAAUAAAAUUAUAGCAAAUGCUGUUCCAAAAGGAAUCACAAAACCGAUGGAAAAAGAAAAUCUUGAUCCAGAUAAAAAAAAAAUCCCAGAAAAUGAACAAAAUGAGCAAGCCGAAGAAAGAAAUUACGUUUACAAUACAAGUGCUAUAAAGGCGUACAAUUCGAUAAGUAAAAAAAAAAAAAAAAAAAUGGAAGCGUAUGAACUUGAUAAUGAUAUAAAUUUAUACAAAAAAAUAAAAUUUAAUUUCUCAAUAAAUAGAAAAAUAUAUGAUGAAAAAAAAGAAAUAUAUGGUAAAAAUUUUUAUGGAAAUAAUUUGUUAAUUCAUGAUAAUACACCAUGUAGUGAUAAAGAUAAAAAUCGAAUUAUAGAAUUCUGUAAAAAACAAGAAGAAUUAAGAAGUAAGCUUAGUAGAAAAAGAACAAAUGACAAUGAAAUUUUCAAAAAUUAUAUUAAUAGGCGAAAUAAAAUAUAUAAUAAAAAGUUGGACCGUUAUUUUAAUGAGCACACAGCAGAAAUAAGACGAAAUUUGGAGAAACAACAUUGA